UCAUCUCAUAACUCAAACGCAACGGAAACAGAGAGAAAAAAAAAAACCCGAAAGAGACUCACUCGUCUAUGUCCCCCAAAAAAUGUCUCAACUUAGCCAAAGCCAGCGAUGGCGAAGAAAGAAGGCAUCGUCUGGUUCGGCAUUACUGCCCUCUUCAGAAGCAUAAGAAGCACAGGUGUGAUGGAUGCGUGAUGAAGAAGGAGAAGAAGAAGAAAAUAAGAGUAUCAGAGAAGGUGAAGAAGACAACGAAGAAGUUGAAGCUGGAGGAGGAGGAGGCUAAGAAGUCACUCUACAUAUGUUUCGUUGAACAACGCGAGGGUGGGAGCGUCGCUAUUGUUGUUCGUACCAUCAAAUUAUCCGACUUGUUAUCCUCCGACGAUGAAGAAUUGCAAUUGCGGCAAGUGGCUUAUAAGGCCGGGGAAGAUGUUCCCGAUUUUGUUGGUUGUGCUGUUUUCGGCUCCCAAAUCAUUUUCGCCGGUGGCGUGAGCCCCAGCUUGGGUUCCGGUCACAGAUUUCCGCCAUUAAGUUGUGAACUCUGGAAUAGAGAUGUUCAUGCCUUCGAGGUUCAUGACAAUGUUUUCAGGAAGAUGGAUGCGACUUUACAGACAGGGAAAUUUUUCCCUAUGAUGGUGGAGCUGGGCGGGAAAGUGUACGCUCUUUCCUAUAAGCUGAUCGCUGAGCCUCCAUCAUUCGAGGUAUUUGACCCUAAAAUAGGCCUGUGGAAGGGUUUGCCCCAACCUCCAUUUUUCCAACCCAGAUCUCCAUAUGACUCUCAUACUUCCUUCUUUUAUGCAAUUGCCGGCACCAAGAUGUUUGUGUCCCAUGACAAAUGUCCGGUGUUCUGCUUUGACGUGGCGCACCCAGACACAGAAUGGAGACUAGUCCCUACUAUGUGUGGCGGCGGCCCUUUUCCUUUUAUGGGCAAAGCUUUUGUCCUGGACCUGCCGGAGCACCAUGAUGACAAGAAGAAGAUCAUGUUUGCUUAUAUUCAUGAUACGUGGCGGCUGGGAGUUUAUCUUUUUUCCUUGGAGGAAGGUCAGGAAUCCAUUGCACAGAUUGGUUAUUUGAAGCUGCCAUGGUGGCCUUAUGAAUUGGGUUCGGCAGCAGGCUGUCAUUUUGUCCACAUAGGAGGUCAGAAAGCCUGCAUUCUUAUCACCCAAUUCAACCUUCCUUAUGGUGAAGGACCUGACUAUAAGCCCGGGACUCAUAAGAAGCGGGGGGUUGCGAUACCGUUUCAAUUUCAAGUUGAUAUCACUAAGGUGGACAGGGACGAGAAGAAUUGUUUCACUCUCCAAUUCAUGACUCCUCGCACCUUCGAAUUCCAGACCAACCCAUCCACUUUUCCUCUACCUUUUACGUUAUGUGAUCUUGCAGGAUGGGAUUAAUUGUGACUGUGUUGUGAGCAGUCAUUUGCAUAUCCAAGAUUCAAACGGCUUUAACUUGUGCCAUCAGAGUUGUUUAGUUAUCGGCAUUGUUUAAGCUUUGAUCAAACAAGAUUUGGAACUUUUUGUUCAGCAUGUGUAUCAAAGAAGUGAAGGCAUCUCCAUUUGGAAGGAUCUGUAAGGAAAGUUUGUAUAUAUGACUUCGGAGUUGCAAUUAUUUUGCAAGGACAGAGAAUCACAGAGUGCCAGUUUUAAGUUAGGAGGAUAAUAUUGCAGUACAAAGGAAUUGGAGACAAGUGGGAGAAUGCCUUAUUUACAAUAACAGUGAUUACAGGUUGGAGAUUCUGAUAUCAAGUUCGCAGUGGAACCGCUCGAGUUGGCUUGGUUUACAGUGGGGUUGGCCAGGUUUCCUGGUGCCUUCUGGUGUAGUUCUCUUCUUACAUCAUGGUAUACGUAUGAAACUUUGUAUACUGAGAAGUGGUGCAUGGAAGGUAAUUUGUUCAUUCUCAAGUCGUAAUUAAGUGGCACACACUCAGAAGAAAAUUAUAUUUGCAUUAAUGUUUGGAGUCUUGUGCUAGUUGAGUUCUGUUUUACCUGAUUUUCGGUUAUAAGUAGGUAAGAUGGGUAUUGAUAGGGUUCAAGAGUUGAAGCUGUAACUGGAUUUGAGUUCCACUGUUUUAAGUCUAAGAGGACCAGUGAUAUCUAUUUCCAGUGUAGUUCAUAGUCUUGUGUGUGAAAUUUGUAGGAUGCGUGUGCCACUAUCUAUACAGAGUAUACAUGCAGUUAAGUAGGUAAGGCACUGAGUUAUUGUGUUUGGACCCAAGCUUGCAAGUAAUCUUGUUGGGAGUCAUGCUUGCAGGCAAGGUAAUUUUCUUUUAUAGCAAAAGCUAUAACAGUGUAAACUAAAAUUAAAGGUUCUGCCAUAACUAUAGGUACCAGUAGUCUGAGAAAAAGACUGCUGACUGGGAGAAGAGGAAGAAGAAGAUUCUUAUUUGUGCAUCAGUUCUUGCUUUGUGUGGUACAUGGUGUUGGCUUGCCCAUUUAAGUAUUCAUGUAACUUAAUGAGUAUCAGAAGGCUCUUACAGAGUAGGAUUGAGGAUUUGAUUUUGGCUUGCCUCAGAAAAGAAAUGAACAUCCAAUUAUCAAGAUUUUUCCUUCUUUGUAGUUUCGCUCUCUCAAUCCCCAAUUCCCCUACUCAGAGAUCUCCAAUUUCUAGGGUUUCCCCCACCGUCAGAUCCACCGCCCCCUCCCUCAGAUCUCCUUUGAUCUACUUCAACCAUGGAGGCGAUUGAAGAGUUGUUGCAACUGUCAGACUCGAUGCGUUAAGGCCAGGCCAUCCUCGCCGACGAAGACGUUGACGAAAACUCUACCGCCUCCUCUCGCCGCUCCUCAAUUCCUCAACGUCGUCGGUCUCGGCAAUGUUGUAAGUCAACCGAUGCCUUUUUUGGUUCGAUUCACUGCCAAUUCGAUCUCUUAAAUAUACCUUGUUCUCUGUUUCCAGUCCCCGAUCUUUGAAUCUACACUUUCUCUUCGGGAUCUUAAUUCAUGUGCGGCUUUUCCUCUCUUUGCUUCUGUCUCUAGCCCUGGACUUAGCCUAGCCUAGCUCCCAAAUAACGAGAUUUGAAUAUAAAAUCAGUUUGUUAAUAUUUGUAUCACAGUAUGCUUACUCUGCUAUUCAGUAUGUUACAGGAAGCCAAGUUCAUCCAUCGCAGGUAUUUAGUUUAACAAUAAUAUAAUGGUCUAAUUUGUGGUUUAUGCUAUGUUUCUUAUAUUUGCAGUACUGAUAGCUAGAGUGUGGAUCGUGCAUAUCGAAUUAUCAUGGGCAGAAUAAGGUCAUUGUAUAUAGAUUAAUGACUUGUGCGACUGUUGAAGAAAAGAUAUACAGAAAACAGAUUUACAAAGGGGGUUUGUUUAGAACUGCAACUGAGCAAAAAGAGCAGAUUCGGUACUUUAGUCAACAGGAUCUUCGUGAACCUUUUCAAUCUCCCACAACAAGGUUUUGAUGGUUCCCUUACUCAGAAGCAGCUAAAUGAGGAGCAUGAUCAGCAGCACACAAUAUUAUCUUGUGUUUUGUUACCAAAUUUGGUAGGCAAAUAGCAAACAUAGACUAGGUAAACCAAUAUUAAUUUUCCAUUGCCUUAGACCUUAGCUGUAUGAUUCUCACUUAUAACCGUUAUACAAAAUUAUAGAUUCUCACCUAAAAUAGCAAAAAUCUUAGACGCACUCAUAAAAUUUGCAAUAUUAUUCUGGUUGUGAUAGAUUUUGGUUCAAAAAAUGUUUCCUAGGCUAUUGUGUAUGGGGUUAUGGUUUUAUUAUUACGGGUUCAUAUUGAAAAUGAGUUUUGAUAGUUUGAACUAUAUUCAUUCAGUUGUUUUGCGAUUCUACUAUUUACUGCAGGGAAGAGACUUUACAAGCCCAUAUAGAAUUCUUGGAAACUCAAGGGAUAGCUGGUGUCAGUAACCACAGUUUACUCAUCUCCAAGACAGCACCACCUCUGCCAGAUGUCCCUGUAAUCUUUCUUGUUUUCUGAUUAAGAGUUUGGUCGUCUGCAGUCAAUUGAUGUGAGAGUGUCCAUGUAAUCAGUGAUGAGAAGGUAUGGAUCUAGAAGAUUCCAAAUUCACCUGUGUGGAAGUGGAUAGCUCGGUAUAACUUAAUCUCAUUUUUAUUUUUGUUCUGUAGAAAGUAGUGCAAAGAUGACAUUGCUUAUGGAAUGGUAUACAAUGACUGUUACUUAUUUGCAAGCCUUUUGUUUUGUAUAUGGAGAAGUUUAGGCCAUAUGUCCCCUUCUCCCUACGCUUUGUACUCUUUUUAUCAGAAAUGAGAAUUUUCUUUUGGUUACCA